AUGGUAUCAUUGCACUAUCGAUUAAUUAUUGAACGCUACCUAUGUGGCGAUGAGUUUGCAUUUGAGAAACAUAAAUAUCUAUUAAACUUAUUCAUGAGAAUCGCUAUUGAUAUAUCUAAACCCACACCAAACAUCACCCUAUCGCAGUCCACUGCUGGUCUUAGUCCCUUCCUUGUUAGCUCAGGCAGGACGCAUUUACUCGGACUAUGUGUACUAUUUUCUUUUUGCUCUUACUCUAUCUUCUCCAAUUUUGUUUCAGAGUUGGUUGUCUGCUACUACGGAACCUGGGCGACGUACAGAUACGGGUUAGGUAAAUUCGACGUUAACCACAUUAACGCUGAUCUAUGUACGCAUCUUGUAUACACAUUCGUAGGGAUAAACUCACAAGGCACUGUCAUCUCUCUGGACCCUUAUCUGGAUUUACCUAAUGAUUCGGGAAGAGAUAAUUUCAGGAAAUUCAACGAGCUUAAAGUACGAAAUCCGAAACUAAAAACCUUGUUAGCUGUAGGAGGAUGGAAUGAAGGUUCAAGCAAAUAUUCAGUCAUGGCAGCAAAUCCUACGUUUAGGAAAAACUUUAUUACUAGCGCUUUAGCUAUGAUCCUUCGUCAUGGUUUUGAUGGCUUGGACGUUGACUGGGAGUACCCCAACCGGCGCGACACGGUCAACGGACAAACAGAUAUAAUAAACUUUACGCAACUUUUAAAACAAUUACGUGAGGAGUUAGACAAGUACGGCUUACUACUGACCGCUGCCGUUUCUUCUGUUAGGGCUUCAGCGUCAUUAUCAUAUGACAUUCCUUCAAUUGUCCAGUACUUAGAUCUUGUCAAUCUCAUGACGUACGAUAUGCACGGAGCUUGGGAUCCAAUAACCGGUCAUAAUGCACCUCUUCAUAAAGGGGAAGGAGACGAAAAUAUUGCAAGAGAAGAUCUCAAUACAGUUGACGUUGCUUUAGAGUACUGGCUUGGACAAGGUUGUCCACCGGAAAAAUUAGUACUAGGUUUGCCAUUAUACGGACACACGUUUCAAUUAACAAAUGCUGCUAACAAUGGAGUAAGAGCGCCUGCCAACGGCCCUGGACUAGCUGGACCUUUUACUGCUACCAGUGGAACUAUCGGAUAUAAUGAAUUUUGUGUAAAUCUGCGCACGGAAGCUUGGGAUCAGCGUUAUGAUCAUUUAGCUAAUGUACCAUAUGCUGUACAAGGUCAGAACUGGGUAACCUACGAUGAUCCCAAUUCUUUAGUAACCAAAGUUGAAUACGCUUUAAAACUUGAUAUGGCGGGUGUUAUGGUCUGGAGUAUCGAGACUGAUGAUUUUCAUGGUAUCUGCCAGAAUAAAGAUUUUCCUUUGCUUAGAGCAAUUAACAGAGCUUUAGGAAGAUCUGUUGAAACAACGACUACAACUCAAUCUACUUCGAGCACAACUACAACACCAGUAUCUAUAAUAACUACAACUGUAUCUCAAAAUAUGACUACAACUUCACCAGUAUCUACAACAUUAACUGAAACUUCAACAACUACUGCUGCACCGACUUCAAUAACUACUACACCGGGUUCUACAACUACUAGUACUUUAGCUACUGCACCUUCAUCUACUACUGUUUCACCGGAAGAGGGAUUUGUUUGUAAACGAGAAGGACUCAAUGCAAACCCCAAGGAUUGUACUACUUUUUAUAUUUGUGUACAAGGACUUCACAAUACCCUACAAGCGAAACUUUUCAAAUGUCCAGCGAAUCUCUAUUGGGAUCGUACGUACGAGAUCUGUAACUAUCCCAGUAAAGUCGAUUGCAAUGUAGACUAGAGUAGACGCCAUUUGUAUCUUACAUUAAUUUAAUUAUAUAAAAAUUAAAAAAAAAACAAUCGAAAUAUGUAAUCACGUAUUACUUAUAAA